AUUUCCUCUUCUUACAGUCGCUCAUUGCUAUUAUUAUCAUUAUCUAGUCGCAUCAGCAGUGGCUGUGUACAUUUUUCACUCUUUAUCCAUUCUUUUUUGAGCCUACUGCUCCUCGCUCCAUUGUAUAACACCAAUUUCCUUUUAUUUGUUCUUUUUGUAUUCCACUCUCCUCCUCUCAGCUACCGCCCAAACUGGGCUCUCAAAAAGAUAUAUACAGCGACUUUUUCUUUUUUUCUUUUCUUUUUUUCCUUUGCCUUGGCUUUAUCUUUUUCUUUCUUUCUCUGCACUCAGCUAUUAUUUUAUUGACUCUAAAACAACCCACAUAUACUUACAAGCUACAUAUAAUAUGAGCGGAAUAUUCAAGGCAAUAUCGAGACAGCGCUCCACAGUGGACAUGGCCGGCGCUGGUCGCGAAGCCAUCACCACACAGUUCACCAAGGGCCGCCUGGAUACCAGCGGCGUCUACAGACACCUGUCCUCAAUCGAGGAGAGCCUGCUGGCUGAGUUCUGGAAGAAGCUGCUGGAAGACUUUGAAAAGCCCCUGAGCUCCGUGGCUAGCGAUCCCCUCGUGCGACCCGUCGAGUGCGACGACGCGGCAGAGCGCCAAAAGGCCAAAGAAAUUGAAGAGUCGUCGCCCUUUGAGGUCUUCAAGGGAUGCAUGUACAACCAAACGGUGGAGAGCAAGUGCCACGAGCUGGGCAUAGUCUCCGACGAGGACAUGGUUCCCAAGUUUGAGUCGCAGAUCAAGGAUGAUACUUUGCGUAGCGCCUUUUGGUCAGUUGUGCGCGAGGACCACGCGGAUGUCCUGAUGCUGAGGUUCCUCCGGGCGCGCAAAUGGGAUAUUGAAAAGGCCUACAAGAUGGCCAUUGCGGCAAUCAAGUGGCGGAUCGAGGAGAACGUCGAGGAGAUUAUCUGGUAUGGUGAUAUCAGGAACGACGCCUCGCUGAUGUGGAAGGGUGUGUCGUAUUCGCACGGUAAGGACAAGCUCGGACAGCCGAUUAUCUGGUCUGGCUCCUACCUGCAUCACCAGAAGGACCAGUCAUAUCCGCAGCUGAAGCGGUACUUGAUCUGGAUGAUGGAGACCCUGAGACAGCUCCUGGCACCUCCCAUCGAGCGUGUUUGCCUCAUAAUGGAUCUGACCGAUCACGCCAAUGCCAACAUGGACUGGCCUUUUGUCAAGACCUUCCUCAAGUUCCUCGAGGCAUACUACCCCGAGUGCCUGGGCAUAUGCAUUGUGUACAAUGGGCCGUGGUGGUUCUCAGGCGUGUGGAAGCUGAUAUCGCCCCUGCUUGACCCUGUGGUUGCCUCCAAAGUGCAGUUUGCGCAAAAGCCCGAGGGCCUGCUCAAGUUUAUCGACAAAAAGGAGCUCCUGGAGUCCCGCGGCGGCAAAGACAAGUACGUGUAUGACUACGUCAAGCCAGUUGCUGAUGAGAACAAACUGAUGUUUGAUGCCGAGGGCAGGGCGGCUGCGGCUAGCACACUCGAAAAUCUGCAGCAGCAGUUCAUCGAGGCUACAACCGAGUGGACGCGCGCCAAGGAGGAGGGCGACCAUGAUAAGCUUGCCAAGGCCGCGGCCAGAAGGAUGGAGGUCAGCGACCUUGUCAAGCCCGCCGCCAUGGAGAAGGACAAGUUUACGCGCGCGCGCCACUUUUACACGAGGGCUGGCGUUCUGCAGGACGGCAUCGUAGACUGGACAAAGGUACAGGUCUACGAUGGCGACAGCGACAGUGAAGGUACUGUGGGCAGCAAGUAGCUCUAGGUAGAGUUUAGUCAGCCAGGCAGUAAAGCCAGGCAUUGAGAUACAGUAGUUCGAUUUGCUGGAUUGGCACUCCGGCUCACUUACAAGUACCACGAACCGGCUCGUUUGAGCGAGCCGUAUCGCCCCCCCCCACUUUUUUAACCUUCACCUGAGCAAGACGAAAAAAAAUAUUUUUUCAAACCUUUCUCAUUUCACCCUGAUUUUGAAUUAUUUUUCUUCCAUUUUUCUUUCAUA